AUGUCUACAUUCCCAUCAUGGAAGGAUCGCACCCAGAAUCAGUUCGGAAAGCUUCAGAUUCAGAUGCCAUGGCGCUCCUUUCAACUUCUGGUGCCCCAUCGCAUGCGCCGCAAGAUCCGCUCAAAGCUUCGGAGUCGUCUAUCGCCAACCUCAUCUAUCUCAACCCUACAGACCUCCCUCUCCCCGGUCGACACACUUCGAUCCCUCCAGACUCAUCGUUGGACGAUAUAUGACUUCCAAUACUUGCUACUUCUAAUCAUCGGCAUCUUCUCCCUGAGCGUCAUGCAAUCCCCUGGCCCGCUCGCGAAGACAGGCAUCGCGACCCUAAUCCUUUUCUCGCUUCUUCUGCCUCUUACCCGGCAGUUCUUCCUCCCUUUCUUGCCUGUUGCUGGAUGGCUCAUCUUCUUCUAUGCGUGCCAGUUCGUUCCGAGCGAUUGGCGGCCAGCCAUUUGGGUUCGCGUGUUACCCGCCAUGGAAAAUAUCCUAUACGGCGCCAACAUCAGCAACAUCCUGUCCGCCCACCAAAACGUUGUGCUAGACAUUCUAGCGUGGAUUCCUUACGGACUGUGCCACUACGGUGCACCCGUUGUUGUCUCCACAAUCCUCUUUAUCUUCGUGACCAUUCAGCUGUGCUUCCCCUGCUCGCCACCGUGGUACGAGAAUCUGUAUGGUCUCGCCCCCGCAGAUUACUCUAUGCAGGGUAACCCUGCUGGUCUUGCUCGCAUUGACAAGUUGCUGGGCAUUGAUCUCUAUACCUCAGGCUUCAAACAGUCUCCCGUGGUCUUUGGUGCCUUCCCCUCGCUCCACGCGGCGGACUCCACCCUGGCCGCUCUCUUCAUGAGCCAUGUCUUCCCCCGCAUGAAAUUCCUCUGGGUUACCUACACCCUCUGGAUGUGGUGGGCUACCAUGUACUUGUCUCACCACUAUGCUGUCGACCUGUCCGACAAGACGUUCCGCUGGGACUACGACUACGUUGAGGUCGGCGACUACUCCCGCGAGUUUGGCUAUGACCUCGCUAGUUUGGAUGGUGACUUGAACCUGGACAGUGAUGAGUGGACCGUCGGUUCCUCUUCUUCGGUCUCCUCCGGCUCCCUGAGCCCCGUGGACGAUCACUACGCUUGGGAGAGCGAGACUCUGACCUCGAACCACGACCUCGAGGCCGGUCGCUAA